CACGAUGUUGUAUUCGUUGACCGCUUCAAUGGAUACGCCUGGAUAGAUGGAGUUCUUAAAGUGAACCAUGUUAACGUUCUCUUUAUUGAUCGAACUAGUAAAUACGAAUUUAGGUUGGAAAUAAGUCUGCUGGGGACAGUAGAAAGACAUAAUUUGGCGGUAUUUGGAACUCCUUUGACGAUUAAGAGUAAAAAUUUUCGUGUUUCUUGCUUUAUAUUCCGCCAAAAUAAUAACUGUUUGGAGUUCUGUAAAGAACUUGAACGAUUUCGAGAAGUCUAUAGUAUAGACGCUCUUCCGUGUUUCAAACAUUGGCCCCCUGAUCACCCAAGCAAGCCUGAUGAGGGCUGGAAUCGUUUUGGUUUAUCCACAGAUUUCGCUCGCAUGGGUCUACCAAAUACCUCUUGGGUAGAAUUCAGCAAUAAUUUUUACGAGCAUUGUGACACCUACCCCAGUGUGAUGUUUGUGCCAAAGGCUGCUGAUCUUGAGACGAUUCUUGGUAGUGCCAGUUUCCGUUCUCGUCAACGUUUUCCAAUCUUAACUUGGAUUCAUCCCAAUGGCAGAUCAGUAAUCUGUCGGUCAAGUCAACCCCUAUCUGGUCUGACAGGAAAGAGCAAACAUGAUCAGGAAUUAUUGAAAAAAAUUCGUCUUGCUGGAUUAUCAGAGGCAGCCCUUACAACCAAAGGACCUUUGCCUUUCACCACUCGUUUGCCUCCAAACCUCUACGUCGUGGAUACUCGGCCACGACUAAAUGCUCUCACUAAUCGAGCCCAAGGCAAGGGUUAUGAGGACGAGAAUGUCUAUGAGGAUAUCACCUUUAGAUUUGUGGAGAUUCCCAACAUUCAUGUUGUUCGUGCUUCUCUUGAGAAAAUGCUUUCUGCCUACCAUAUGCCUAAAGCCACAAUGAUGGAGUUGAACCAAGCAGUAGACAAGUCCAGCUGGCUUCGGAUUCUCCGCACAAUUAUGGAGGCAUCUUACUUUAUAUCCUCGCGUUUAAUGACUGAUGAUGAUGAAGGGUACGGCUACUCCUUCCUUGUCCACUGUUCCGAUGGAUGGGAUCGUACCGCUCAAGUGUGUUCUCUCGCCCAACUCUUCGUUGAUCCCUACUAUCGCACGUUUGAGGGAUUUCAAGCUUUAGUAGAGAAAGACUGGCUCCAUUUUGGUCAUAAAUUUGGCUCCCGUUGUGGUCAGACUCGCUUGGUGGACCCGAGGGAGAUUGCUCCAGUUUUCACGCAAUUUCUUGACUGUACUCGUCAUCUUGUGGAAUUUUUACCAACCGCCUUUGAAUUUAAUACACGCUUCCUUGCUGCUCUACACGAUCACUCACAGUCCGGAGUAUUUGGGACUUUUGUUGGAUGCUCUGAGAAGGAACGCGUAAAUUUCGACCUCGCAAAUCGAACCCCGAGCUCCUGGACGUACUUUGCAAAUCGACGCAGUCUCUAUCUCAAUCCACUCUAUCAACCCUCAGAGGAAUAUCGAAAGGCCUCCGAAAUGGCCUCUGAUCGACCUCCACAUAUUAUUUCACCUUUACCGGCAUUUGUUACCUCACCUCAUCUCUACAGGUCAGUUUAUGUUACUCCGAAGCUUGGCUAUUUUGCGCUGAGAAGUCAGAAAGCAUAG